UUGCAGAUCCUUUUUGCCGCAGUGGUGUCGACCGCCUGGGCGGAAACGAAGAACAUCGAGCGGCCUGUUCGCGCGCCGCAAGGUCAGAUCAGAUACGAUACUGACGCUACCAGGGCCGACUGGAAGUAUCUUACGCCGCAGGAACAAUGGCGAUCACGAGUAGUGGGCAACAUUCAACGGAUCCAACGCGCCGAGAGUGGUCACCGUCAACGACAGAACCAGCGUGCUGUGCCGCAUCAGCAACAGCAACAACAACAGCAGCUACAGCGCGUGCAGUCGCCCCAGCCGGUUCAGCAGGCCCAACAACAAGUCCCAGGCCCACAAUACUAUUCAUAUAAACCGUACACGGCGGUGCCGAGCCACAUCAAGGAGCUGAUCCAGUCAGCCUAUCAACCGCAGCCGCCCUACAUCGAUCCCUCAUCCUUCCUGUACUCAAGCUACGUCGCGCCGCAACAGUACGAGCAGCAGCAACCAGCAUCGGCCGCGUCUGAGUUGCCGCAAGCUGCCUACCAGAAGCCAUCAGCGAGGUACCAAUCGAUCGACCCACGAAGAGUGCAGUCCAGACGGGAGUACAGCGACAGGAGAGUCGAGCGUCAGGAUAGAGUCUACGGGGACGAGUACGCGCAGCAACAACAGCAACAGGAGCAGCAACAGGUGCCGAUUGGCACCAUGCCGGAACCUCCCCUGCCCACGUUGUAUCUGGACAGAAACAUGCCCUCGGCGAUCAAGCAGCUGCUGCAAUACCAGGCGCAAAUUCCGUACGACGUGACCGCGAAUCGCAUCCAGUACACGCCGAAGAACGUUUUCAUCCCGAGGCCCUUGGCGGACGACGCGAAAGGCCCGUACUAUUACCGCAGUAAGGUGUACUACCCGAACGAGGGCGGCGAGGAGGCGGACUACCCACAGGACCAUAAGCCAGUGGACGAGCAGCAACGUCACUGACCGCGAUCCAGCCUGUAAUGGCGAUUCACGAGUAGAUUUAGUAGCCCUAUUUUUGAUAAGUCUCACGACGAGGGACGACUGGUUCACUCCAAGACUCGCUCCGAGCUUGAACCCCCGGCCCGUUUCUUCACCCUCGGCUUCCCAGCUUCCGGGCUCCGACAAGACAAGCGCUCUACGCGCCUUAAAUUAUUGCUUGUUACACCUCGAUGACGUGUGCCUUGCGCUGCUUCACUCCGUGUUAUCUGACACGUCUGCUUCUGUUGGUGCUUUGAAAAACAAUCGAUAGAAAAUAAUUACUCGAACUGUAAUUCAGAUAAAAUUGUUAUUUUGUUGCAAAAGCGAAAAAGCUUGUGAUGGAAGAAAGCAAAUCGAGCAGAAAGUUAAAAAUUGAAAAUUGUUUCAUCGAAAUUUGUUACAGGAAAUUUAGACACAUAAUUGUGACGGUAAGAGGAUAUUCGCGCCCGCAAAACUUCCUCUCUUGAUUUUCUGCUCGAUUUUCAUUUCGCCGAGUCGCCCGACCAGUUUUUCGUAUGUCAAAUAGAACGACUAAACAUACGGUGUAGCGCAAGGAAUGUAAGUGUUUUUUUUAUGAAAUAAAUUGUUUCCGCUUCUGGCA